GUCUUUACCUACCAACGCUCAAAGCCUCAAAAGUACACAAUCAAACCGACCAGGUAAAAAGGGACGACUCCAUGGAAGCUCGGAAUCGAAUCUAAGCCAAUUCGCGACGACGGUUCUUGUCCUACGUUGGCCAUUUCGGUGCCUUUGUCGUUGCAGCUCUCGCCCUCGCGCUUGCGUCGAUCAGCCCCUACGCGCGACGACGCGCUCGAGAAUCAGCCAACCCCGACCGGACGAAUCUUGAGAAACUACCCAGAAGCUGCGAGCGAGACGAGGUACCUCUCGCUCUUCAGGCUCCGACGCAAUCUUGGGAAGUUUCCCGCGGUCCCUGCUCAUCGCCCUUAUUCGGUUUUUUCUUUUUACCUGAUCGAUUCGCCGGGUUUCCAAUUCUAUUGUUCCGUGUGUUGGGGUUUAAAUUGCGGGUUGCGUGUUGGAGCCCUAGAUUGAUCCUCGUCCUCGGGGAAUUUUGGGUGUUGCAAAAUCGUAGCUUCAGUUGAUUUUUCUUUUGGGUGGGGGGCUAAAAGGCAAAGGAACAUGGUGGAGCCAGGGCGGUAUGGCUUUGCCAUGAACCCUAAAUUCCGCGGGAUUUUCAAUGGGAUUUGCGCUGCGGUCUUGUUAUUCCUGUUUUAUACGCAAGAUGAAUUCUUUAGAGGUCCCUAUUUGGGGAAUUCGCCUUCCGUCCUGCCUCCUAAUUGGCGCUCGAAAGGUUUUGCUGAUCAGGUCGAUCAGUUCAAGGUAAUACACAGGAGGAUUGCCGAAGUGAAUGCUACCGUGUCAAAUGGUACAGUGAGUGUUGAAGAGUCCGUUGGCAAUGAUUUGACCACGAAGGAUCCGAAACUGUGUGCUGGGUUAUAUGAUCACCUAGGUUAUAAGAGCAAGUGUGAGUAUCUGAUCGCCCAUCCCGAGUGUAACUCCGGUGGGUUCUUCCAUUACAUUUCAUUCUUCUACUGUGAUUGCGAGAAAUUCACGGCUGCAGGGUAUGCCGUGCUGGCGUUGUGGCUGGCUGCUCUGUUUUACUUGUUGGGCAACACUGCAGCAGAUUACUUCUGUUGUAGUUUGGAGAAGCUUUCUAGUCUUCUGAAAUUGCCACCCACGGUUGCGGGGGUUUCCCUGCUUCCGCUUGGUAAUGGAGCUCCUGAUGUGUUUGCUAGCAUUGCUGCAUUCAUGGGGAAAGAUGCAGGGGAGGUGGGUCUCAACAGCGUGUUGGGUGGUGCUGUUUUUGUUACUUGUAUUGUUGUAGGGGCUAUUUCUUUCUCUGUAGCAGAAAAGAGGGUUCAGAUUGAUAGGAGGUGUUUCAUCAGAGAUAUAUCCUUCUUCCUCUUCACAUUGAUGUGCCUUGGUAUAAUUUUGAUUGUUGGGGAGGUCAGUGUUGGGGCUGCUAUUGCAUUUGUUUCCAUAUAUGGGCUUUAUGCAUUUACAGUUGCUGCCAACGAGAUGCUGAGGAAACAAGCCAGGAAAUUAAGGCUAGAUUCUGUUACGCCUUUACUUCCUGUCAGGGGAAGUAUCUUUUCUCAAGGAAGUGAGGAAGACGAAUCUAUUUAUGCCUCACUGAUUGAGUCAGACUCUGAUGGUGAUGUACCUCAUCUGCAAAGCAAUUUGCCGCACUGGAUGUGGGCUUCAAAUGUUGCAAUUUAUUCAAAUGAGGCUAGCAAAGUCAAUUCUGAUAGCCCAAAGCAGUUGUGGGGUUGGAAUGAUGAUGAAACAACCGAUGGCAAUUCUUCCUUCACGUGCUUGAAAGUAUUUUCUCUACUGGAGAUGCCGCUGACGCUACCAAGGCGGCUGACAAUCCCUGUAGUUGAGGAAGAAAGAUGGUCAAAGACAUAUGCUGUUGCCAGUGCCUCAUUAGCGCCUAUUCUUUUGGCAUUUUUAUGGAACGCCCAAGACGAUAUUGGAAAUUUGAGCAGAGAAAUUGCAUAUGCUAUUGGUGUUUGUGUUGGGGGCGUACUUGGUGUUUUUGCAUAUGUUUACACCAGAGUGGAUCAACCACCAAGCAAGUUCUUAUUUCCUUGGGUCUUUGGAGGAUUCUUCAUGAGUAUAAUCUGGUUCUACAUUAUCGCAAAUGAGCUUGUUGCUUUGCUGGUAGCUCUGGGUAUUAUCUUUGGCAUAAAUCCUUCUAUCCUCGGUUUGACAGUCUUGGCCUGGGGAAACUCGAUGGGUGAUCUGAUGUCAAAUGUAGCAUUGGCGAAGAAUGGUGGAGAUAGUGUGCAGAUUGCUAUGUCUGGUUGCUAUGCUGGGCCUAUGUUUAACACUCUUGCUGGCUUGGGAGUUUCAAUGUUUCUUGGAGCCUGGUCUAGUAGACCUGCAUCAUACGUAGUCCCCCAGGAUAGCAGUCUAUUUUACACAAUGGGGUUUCUGAUGUGCGGACUUCUUUGGUCACUCAUUGUCUUGCCCCGACAUGACAUGCAACCGAACAAGAUGUUGGGUAUCGGCCUUAUGUCGAUUUAUCUGGUCUUUCUAGUUUUGAGGUUAAGCACAUCUAUGGGUGUGGUUUCAUUGAAUGGUCUUAGCUGACUUAACAGUCAAGGCAUGAGGCGGGGGAACUCUGCUCAGGGCAGUGGGUACUCAAAUAUGAAUGCGUCCUACUCUCCACAGAACACACUGGCUUUGUGCCUGGUGCCUGUAUGAUGUUAGCUCAUUUUCUUUUUGCCUACUGAAAAAGUUAUAUUGUCGGAAUGGUUGAGCUGCAAGCUAGGCCUUGCGAAUGUAUCUAUUUGAUGUACAGUACUGAGUUAUCUUUGUGAGAGUUCAUCAUCUCCAAAUGCCGAGGCUUUUUUUGUA